GGUCUCCAUUACGGUGCCUGGAUGUACCUAGGCGUAGCUCGUAUCAGUUGCUAAACAGCGCGAUGGAUCCGAUCGACACGGUUGCCUGCAUCCCAUUUGCUAGUCACCAGCAUAUGCACCUAUGGCUUCCAUAGGCAGUCAUCAUUACUGCAAUUUCCCAAUAGCGUGCCGCACACGCUACGGGGUAACGGGCCUUGAAAGACUCGACCGGGUUAAUGCUCCUUUCCGCCUUCAAGUGCGUGUUCCGCAGUUGGAAAAAGGUCACUCUGCGGUCGGUCGGUCCUUUUUGUUGGAAAGUCCCCUUCCUCCUGCUUUAGUCAGACGCAGUCGUGCCUCGGCAUUUGAUAUUUUAUGUGGAAAGAUGGGCGAGAGCGUGCUCAUGAUGGACCGUUGGAGCGGAACUGGUCGGCCCCAACGGCAAUCUGUAUUACACUUGUGUAGCAACAGCAGCAGGAACAAUGACGCUCUGGGAUUUGCACUGUCAUCCACCAAAUGGAACCCAGCAACACACGUCAAAUUUGGCACAGUACGUUCACUUACACACAUGAAUGCCUUUCAAAUGUGUCUGAUUUGGGCGUGCAUGGACCAACGGUUUCACUACCUUCCUAUUUCUUUGUGGGGCUCGCUAUCCGGGCCGCGUCCGUACCUUAUUUUAACCCCCCCAGAACCAACAGAGAAAGGGAUGCGCGCUGCUCUUGAAACAAUGUAUUGGCUUGUGAAGAGAGUGGGAUAAUAUGAG